CGUUGUAAACCGCGUUUCAACAAACUCUAAAUCUUCUUCAUGAUAUCAUGAUUUUUACUUCUCGUGGUUGCCACUGCCGCCGCCGCCACCACCACCAUGCGUUGGCUUCGUAAUAUCUCUUUCUCUUCUCAUACCUCUUCUUCCUCUACUCUCUCGGACCAGCAUUCACCUUAUAAUCUUCGCAAUAAAGGUCAUAAAAAUCCUCAUAUUCGUAUCAAUAGUGGAACUAACAACAACGGCGAUACUAAAACUUCUGAUAAAAGUGCCACUCAUGGCAACGACAAUGAGAGGCCUUUGCGAGUCCGGAGAUUGACGAGGCAGAAGAAGCUAAGGCAUUUGAGCGAUGAGGAGAUGGUUGAAAUCGACAAAUUAGCACAAACGGAUGUUAUACGUCAUUCCGUUACGUUGUCCAGAUCGGACAGCAAUUAUGGUCAAUUGUCCAAUGCGUCCACCGUCAGGUCUUUGCCGUAUUCGUCAAGUGCACAGCCAUUGCCUUUGCCGUUGCCGUUGCCUGUACGGGAUGAUAACGGUGAGUCGCGGCUCUUGUCUCCCAGAGAAGCUGGCGGAAAUGGAAGAAGCACGGAGGAGAGAGAACGAAACGGUUUUAGAGAUACUUAUAGAGAUAGAUCAGAUGGAGCAACAAUUAAGAGCGUGUUCUCACGCGGUGUUGAGAAGAAGAAGCCUGCAUAUUUGGAGACAAUGUCAACUUGGAAAUCCCAGCAAGAUCUGAACAGAUUAGAUUGCUCUAGAGAAAACUUCAGGUUAUAUAGUACUGUUAAGAGUGCUUCUUCUAGUGCCUUUUCAAGUCCGAUACUCAGCCCACAGAAUAUGGACAUGAAUCAGAUGUUUCACUUUUAUUAUAAUGUUCCUCUUCCUCACGGUAAUAAAGUAUGGUCUGCCCCGGAGAUGCCACGCGUAGAUUUCCUUGGCCUUCCUCCACCUGCUUUCUUUGAUUACACUGCUUUUAGUGCUGAUAAUUCUCCUUUUCAAAGUCCUCGAAGUAGAAGUCCAUGUCGACACCCCGUCAGCCCAACUGGACCUUCCUCACCCCUGCAAUCCAAAUUGUCCUCUGAAACUAGUACCCAUAUCGAAGUCCACCGUUUACCUCUUCCUCCAGGUCCACCUAUUUCUUCACCUACAACUUCUGUCUCUCAUAUUCCAGCAAAACCUGAACCUCUGCCUAAGAAUAAUCAGUGGAAAAAGGGAAAGCUUAUUGGGCGUGGUACCUUUGGAAGUGUUUAUGUUGCCAGCAAUCGAGAAACUGGAGCUUUGUGUGCGAUGAAAGAGGUUGAAAUAUUUCCUGAUGACCCAAAAUCUGCCGAGUGUAUAAAGCAACUGGAACAGGAAAUCAAAGUUCUUAGCCACUUGAAGCACCCUAACAUUGUACAGUAUUAUGGUAGUGAAAUAGUUGAAGAAAAAUUUUACAUAUAUCUGGAGUAUGUUCAUCCUGGUUCAGUUAAUAAAUAUGUUCGUGAACAUUGUGGAGCCAUAACAGAAUCAGUUGUUCGCAAUUUCACUCGUCAUAUUCUUUAUGGAUUGGCUUACUUACAUAGUAAAAAGACGAUCCACAGGGACAUCAAAGGAGCUAAUCUGCUUGUUGAUGCGUUAGGGGUGGUUAAGCUCGCUGACUUUGGAAUGGCUAAACUUCUCACUGGACAAGCUGCUGAUCUUUCUUUGAAGGGAAGCCCAUACUGGAUGGCUCCAGAGCUCAUGAUGUCAGUCAUGCAGAAAGAUAAUGACUCUGAUUUUGCAUUUGCUGUUGAUAUCUGGAGCUUGGGGUGUACUAUAAUUGAAAUGUUUACUGGGAGACCUCCUUGGAAUGAGUUUGAAGGGGCUGCAGCUAUGUUUAAAGUUUUGAAAGAUACCCCAGCCAUACCCGAAAAUCUAUCAGCUGAAGGCAAGGACUUUUUACGGUGUUGUUUCCAGAGAAAUCCUGCAAAGAGGCCAACUGCCAGCAUGUUACUAGAACACCGAUUCUUGAAAUGCUCCCAGCAGCCUGAUGUUGCAUCUUGCUCCCAUUCAUUUACUGGGAUGAAAUUGACUGAUAAACCGCAAAGUUUAGGAGAAUAUUGCGAUGGUAAAACUUAUCAGUGUCCUCUAUACCUAAGCUCACAAAGUCCAAAAAAUUUGUCUUCUGUGAGUGAUCUCCUGUUGAAACUUCCAACUUAGAUUUUGGUUUCAAUAAUUCUUCAUGUUCAAUCCUUGAUGGUCUUCCUAGUUUAUGUCCUCUAUGCAUAAAGCACACUGAAUACCAGAGAGCAAUGGAGUUGUGGGGAUUGAUCAAAGCCUCUUGAAGUCUGUAAAGUUAUAAAAACAUCCUAGAAGCAAAGAAUGUCUAGGUAGUGUGAAUAUAGAAGCAGCUUUUUGUACACUACUCACUUACAAUUAAUGGAAGGUCAGCGCAUAUGUAUAUUGAUAU